AAAAUUAUGUUAUUGUUAACGUCGCGCCUUAUCACAGCGAAUGUCUGAUGAAUCUCGGCCGGUUUGAUGGAGGCAAAUCUGUUUGCAGUCCUUAGCGAGCGCGCGACCAUAAUACGCGUGAGUUGUGCUCAGGUUAUCGUAGUAAAGGAAAAUGAAGACGAAGGAAAAACUAGACAUAGCGAGUAUCAGCGGCAGCGCGUUGUCCAUCAUUCAUAAUGGCAGUACGACGACUGAUAGUUACGGGGAGUACCAGUCUCGUGAGCAGAUCAUUAACUUGGAUAGUAAAGUAAGAAGCGAGGAUGAGCCCAACCCUGAACAUCCCCACGUCACACAUCCGACAUCCUAUAUGGACACGAUGCUACAUCUGUUCAGAGGUAACAUCGGUUCCGGUUUGCUGGCUAUGGGCGACGCUUUUAAGAACGGUGGCAUUAUUUUUUCACCUAUCAUGACAGCGAUACUCGGUGUUAUAUGCGUCCACGCUCAACAUUUACUGCUGAACUGUUCAGAGGAGAUGUAUAGGAAGACUAAAAGGGACAAGCCUCCGGGUUUCGCGGACACAGUGUCGCUGGUGUUCGAGUACGGACCGGUGACACUGAGGCCGCUCGCACCGACCAUGAAAAUCCUGGUGAACACAUUUCUGUGCAUCACACAACUGGGCUUCUGUUGCGUCUACAUAGUAUUCAUAGCGAACAACGUUAAAAUGAUAUGUGACCAGCGAGGUCUGCAUAUAGAUUUAACAAUACACAUGAUAUUCGUCAUAAUACCUAUAUUACUGAUCUGUAUGGUGCGAAACCUGAAAUAUUUAACUCCGUUCUCGACUUUGGCCAACGUGAUGAUGGCGCUAGGAGUUGGCGCUGUUUUGUACGAAGCUGUACAGGACAUACCGCCGGUGGAGAGCAGGGACUACAUAGCUCACUGGAGCCAGCUACCCUUGUACUUCGGUACAGCUAUUUACGCUUUCGAAGGCAUAGGAUUGGUGCUGCCAUUGAAAAACGAAAUGCGGAAACCGGAGCUAUUCCAGAAGCCUUUGGGCGUUUUAAACUUGGGUAUGGUGAUUGUUGCUGGUAUAUUCGUAACGGUCGGCUUCUUCGGCUACCUCAAGUGGGGUGAUGAGGUCGCUGGCAGUGUCACCCUCAACCUGAACCCCGCGAAUGUUUUAAGCACAACGGUCCAGGUAUUGAUAACUCUGGCUAUGCUGUUGACUUAUCCUCUCCAGAUGUACGUCCCGGUCGCGAUAAUGUGGCCGCCUCUCAAGAAGAAGUACGGGAAGUCGUCACCCGUGGCCAAGGAGCUGGGAUUCAGAGUUCUGCUAGUACUACUCACCUUCGUUCUGGCGGAGUCGAUUCCACAGUUGGGACUGUUCAUAUCCCUGGUGGGAGCCAUCAGUAGCACCACCCUCGCCCUCAUGUUCCCACCGAUCAUACAGCUCGUGUCCCACUACCAGAACAACAACGGGCUGACAGUCUUUAUCACAGUGAAGAAUCUCUUGAUCAUAUCGCUGGGGUUGUUUAUCUUUGUCACAGGAACAUAUCAAAGUAUAGCCUCUAUCGUACAAGCAUUUUAGACUACUUAUUAAUAUAAGGGUUAUAUUAAGAGAAUGUACCAACAAAUGAGCUGAUCAGGAAUAGGUUUGUCUCUUUUGUGAAGCGAAGCCGGGUGAAAAACCUACAUGAUAUAUAUACGGGUGAAUGGAAGUAUAUUAAAAACAACCUUAUUGUUAAGUUAUUAGUACUUUAUUUUCAAUUGUCUUUUCACGACUAAGUACGACUAGAUUUGUGUACUUGUUAAGAAUAAUCUAUGUUAUACAGGAAUAUGUAUAAAUAAGUCUAAUUUAUUAGUAUAUCUAUAGUUAUUCAAAUUUGGAUUAAGAAUACUUUUAAAAUAAGAUAAAUAAACCCGUAUAAAACCACGUUACCAUUUACCAAAUAAAAUAAAUGUGAAUGUUCAAAUGACAUUUAAUAUUGUUGAAACGUUUCGUUUAAGCGAAGAAGCUUUAAGGAGUCCAAUAGUUUGUAUUAUAGCUAGUUUUAUAUUACCAGACUGUUAGAAGCACUGUUUGGCUUAAAUUUUACAACAGAGUAUUAACUAUUAUUCUUAAAAAUGCCAAAUUUAUGACAGUAUGUGACAUCGUCAUUGUUUUUAUUAUAAUGACUAUGGCAUAAUAUUAUACAGCCAAUACAGCUAGCUAUAUUUGAUUAGAGAAAAAUAAACACAAUUCAAUAAAAAGAACCAUUUUUUGACUAACGAUUUUUUUAAAUUGUAAUACAAUUUGUUUAUUAUUAUUAUUAAAACGCACUUCGACAUUGUAAUGUACUGUGAUAAAAAUUAUUUAAUCGUCAACUGAAAUCUGAAUAAAAGUUUAAAAUAG